AUGCAUUUUUUGAAGAUUAAAAACACAAGGAAAACGCAACGCUGUGGUAGAAAACUGUUAAGUUUGGAAACUGGUAUCCUCAUCUCCGAGGGACCGCGAAGGCAGCACAAAUUGAAGGGUAACAUGGCAGCUUCUCUCUGUGCUAAACAUGGAUUAUUAAGCAGUACAACCUUUCGGAUUUACAGUCUUCGUAGAAAAAUAGCACCAAAGGGUGUUUGUAUUCAAAGAGCAGCUGAAAUACAAAGUGUAAGAGCGUCUACAAAUGCAACUGUAGUUCCUCAACACAGUGAAAAGUACUGUCUGGAUUUGGUGAGGUCCAGAGACUAUGAUGGCUUCAUGUCGUGUCUCCUCCUCCCGGUGGAAGCCCGGCGCUCUUCUCUGGCUCUGAGAGCCUUUAAUGUGGAGUUGGCACAGGUGAAGGACUCUGUUUCCCAGAAGACUAUUGGUUUGAUGCGGAUGGAGUUCUGGAAAACAGCCAUAGAGGAGAUCUACAGAGACGAUCCUCCAAACCAACCAGUCAGCACGGAGCUGUGGAGGGCAGUGAGGACACACAGCUUAACAAAGAAGUGGCUGCUUAGGAUUGUUUCAGAAAGAGAAACGGAUCUGAACGACAGAGCCUACAGGAACAUUCAGGAACUGGAAACAUAUUCUGAGAACACCCAGUCCUCUUUAUUGUACCUGCUGCUGGAGUGUUUAGGAGUGAAAAACGUCCACGCAGAUCACGCAGCGAGCCACAUCGGUAAAGCUCAGGGAAUCGUAAUGUGUCUGAGAGCGAUCCCUUUCCACAGCAGCCGGCGGAAAGUUUACCUGCCCAUGGACAUCUGCAUGCUGCACGGCACUUCUCAGGAGGACUUCAUCCGUGGCAGCCGGGAACAGAACGUCCGAGACGUGAUCUACGACAUCGCCAGUCAGGCGCACGUACACCUGGAGCAUGCACGAUCAUUUAACCACAGUGUUGCAGCUGCUGCCAUGCCGGCCUUCCUUCAGACCGUGAUUAUAGAAGAUUAUCUACAGAGAGUCAGGAAAACUGAUUUUGAUGUUUUCCAUAAGAGCCUGCAGAACAAAAACCCACUGCUCCCCCUUCGCCUGUACCUCCGGUCCUGGAAGAAGACUUACUGAAUUCAAUAAUCGUCCCCCUCCCUUCAUUACAGUCUGAUCGCAACCUCCAUGAGGCAAAAAACCGAAGGCCAAAGACGUAUUGGAUUACGCUGGUGAAGAUUCUCAGUCGUCCAGGACAUGGUAAAUUCAAAAAAGUUCAAGACAAAAACAACUGGACUUUAUUUGUAACAGAAGACGUUUCGCUAUUGAAUUCUACGUAUUGGAUUCAGCCCUCAGAAUCAGGUCUAUAGAGACAUUCAGACUCAUUUAAACAUC